CCAACGAGACUUUACACAGAUGUGUUUCAGGCGUGCUCGGUUGAGGCGGUUGGACUCCGUUCGCGCAGUGGGAUCAACUUCUUUCAGAGGAUCUACCGUCUCCUACUCGGACACCUUGAGUUCAAUGUAACAGUUAUCGUAAACAGUGUAGGUCAAGGUGAUCGGGGAGUUACUUUGUUGGAGAAUUUAACAUAUUUAGACGGGGUUUUAAACGCAGAAGAAAAUGCCUGUAGCUUCUCUCCUGCCUUUCACGGUCACUCCGAAUAGGAAGUCCACCAGCCCGACCUCCUUCAGGCUCACGGAGAAAUUCAUCUUGCUUUUAGUGUUCAGCGCCUUCAUCACCCUGUGUUUCGGAGCUAUCUUCUUCUUGCCGGAUUCCUCGAAGCUGCUCAGCGGAGUUUUCUUCCGCUCGUCGUCGGUGGAGGCAGAGACGCGCACAGGUACGGUCAGUGACACAAGCACCGGGACGGGCAAGGAUGAGAAGAUCCUGGCCAAGAUCAGAAAAGACCACGAAAAGGCGCUGAUUGAGGCCAAGGACACCCUACAGAAAGGGCCGAACGAGAUCAAGCAGGACAUCAACAGCGACAAAGAGAAACUUGCGCUAAACGGACAGGGGAAGGGAGCGAAAGCUGACAGUUUGCCGUUCGUCCAGUAUGAGCGUCCGCCUGGAGCAACAGGGCACGAGCCCGCGGAUCCUGACAUUAAAGCUAAAAGAGCCAAGAUUAAAGAGAUGAUGCAGUUUUCUUGGGACAAUUACAAGCGCUACGCCUGGGGCUCCAACGAACUGCGUCCCAUCUCUAAACAAGGCCACUCCAGCAAUUUGUUUGGUAGUCUCAAAGGAGCCACCAUUGUGGAUGCACUGGACACGCUCUACAUUAUGGAGAUGUAUGAUGAAUUCGAGGCUGCUACCGAGUGGGUGGACAGGAACCUAGACUUUAACAUGAAUGCCGAAAUCUCCGUCUUUGAAGUGAACAUCCGUUUUGUUGGAGGCCUGCUGUCUGCCUAUUAUCUCUCAGGCAAAGAGGUGUUCAGGAGAAAAGCUGUUGAACUAGGAGAGAAGCUGUUGCCGGCUUUUAAGACCCCUACUGGUGUCCCUUGGGCUCUUCUCAACCUAAAGAGUGGGAUCGGCAGAAACUGGCCAUGGGCGUCAGGAGGAAGCAGUAUUCUUGCCGAAUACGGGACACUGCAUUUGGAGUUCAUGCAUCUCGGUGCACUUUCGGGAAGACCAGUUUUUGCCGAGAAGGUAAUGAACAUCAGAAAAGUGCUGAAUCGACUGGACAAACCUCAAGGAUUGUACCCAAAUUACCUGAACCCUAACAGUGGACAGUGGGGCCAGCAUCACGUCUCAGUUGGAGGCUUGGGGGACAGUUUCUAUGAGUACCUGCUGAAGGCCUGGCUCAUGUCAGACAAAACUGACGAGGAGGGAAAGAAGCUUUACUAUGAUGCCCUGCAGGCGAUUGAGAAGAAUUUGAUCCGUAAGUCAAGCGGAGGGUUGACAUAUAUCGCUGAAUGGAAAGGUGGACUCCUGGAGCAUAAGAUGGGUCACCUGACCUGCUUCGCCGGUGGUAUGAUCGCUUUAGGGACAGAACAGUGUAAUCCCAUAAUCCAUUGUCAACAUGGACGUUUAAGCGAUGAAUUUGACAGCAUGUGUGUUUCAGGUAUGAAGCUGGGUCCCGAGGCCUUCCGUUUCGACGGUGGCGUAGAAGCCAUCGCCACACGGCAAAACGAGAAGUACUUCAUCCUGAGGCCGGAGGUCAUUGAGACGUACAUGUACAUGUGGAGGUUAACCCAUGACCCCAAAUACAGACAGUGGGGCUGGGAGGCGGUGCAGGCUCUGGAGAAGUACUGCAGGGUGGACGGGGGUUACAGCGGAGUGAGAGACGUCUACGCUAACUCUCCCAACCAUGAUGACGUGCAGCAGAGCUUCUACCUGGCUGAAACACUCAAGUAUCUGUAUCUUUUGUUCUCCGACGACGACCAUUUGCCCUUCGAACACUGGGUGUUCAACACGGAGGCCCAUCCUCUUCCUGUCAUUAAGAAACAGAACCCAGAAAUAGCAAACCAACUCAAGUAAUCUUCAUCCAACCCCAAAGCGCCACUGAGACGUAACUUCCUGAACCUGCUUUAACAGUGGACAAGAGCUAUGGACGCAACCCCCCUGUGGCUGGAGAGUUCUUAUCCUCCAGGACUUCUGCUGGAGCUUCACAUGUUUCUCCACAGCUGUCUCUUCUCGGGAUUCUGCAUGCUGCCCUGUCACCCCUAUCUCUGUCCCUGAUUCUGUGGACACGUCUCUGAGCCUCAGAGACCCAGAAGGAACAUAUUUCCUCUGUGAGGAGACCGAACCAGAUCAUUUUCCAUCGUACUUGCCCUCUCACACACGUUAUAAAGCCAUAGGUAAUUACAUCAAAUUGCAUCAACGUCUGUUUGUGUUUUUUGCAUCAUGUGCGUUUACAGGAGCGAAGCUAAGAGAUAUCCACUGAACUUUGCCGUCUCUUGCUCUCUGUUUCUUUCGGGAUGAGGUUUGGUUCGGUGUUUUGAGGCUUUAUUCGACAGCAAGAUAAUGAAACCAAUUCAACUAGUGCCUUUUAGUCUUACUGAUCAUUUUAGUCAAGUUUUAAUAUCGCUGUAUUUAUUUUCGCUUUGACCGAAGGUUUCUUCCUACUGGCCUACAGCCCUCCUACCCUCUUAAUGGAUGUAAGAAUCAGUCAUUUAUCAUUCAUUCCUCUACAUUUGUGAACUUACUUUGUUUCUUAAAAUGUGUACAAAAUGUGUUUUGAUUGUUUACUUAAUCAAUGGAGGAAGGACAUGUAAAAUAGAGUACUUUGUGUUAAUUUAUUACUCAAGAUGUAGGGAUUUUUUGUCUUUUUUCAGUGUGGAGGCCAGGAAACUACAGAGACUCUAAGAGGACAUGAUGAUAGGAAAAAAUAUGAGAUGAGAGGAAAAAUUUACAAACCAAUGCAUUAAAAACUAUUGUGUUUUCCCGAGAAGCUUUAUGUUCGCACGCAAACACACUGAAAUGUAAUUUUUCCUCCCACUUCUUUAUUUCCAUCCCAAACAUUUUGCAAGCAAAUGCAAAAGAUUUGUGAGCAAGCAAACAAGUUUUUUAUGAGCAAAAAAUUCUCUAUGGAACGCAGGUUUUGUGAGCGCAAACAAAAUUUUGGCGAACGAAAGCAAAAGUUUCUCUGUGGAACACAAAAGUUUCACGAGCAAACGGCAAGUUUUGCGAACAAGCGCAAAAGUUUCUCUGUGGAACGCUCAAGUUUCGCAAGGGAAUGCCAAACUUUUUGUGAGAGAACGCUAAAGUUUUGAGAGCGAACACAACGUUUCGCUGUGGAUUGCAAAAAUUUUA